AUGUUGCUGACAGCAUUGGUGGCACCUGUCGUGCCGUCUGCCCAUGGCGAGAGUGUGGUUGUCAUGAACUCGGGCGUGGAGGUGGGCAGGGGGCGCUCUGUGUCGCUGACCCAGAGGGAGCUGAGGUUCAGGGAGGUGCAGGAGGAGAACUGUAAGGUGGAGGUGAUGCUGAAUGAACCGGUGACUCAGAGAGUAGGGAAACUCUCCCCACAGGUGUUUGACUGCCAUUUCCAGGAGAAUGAAGUGCGAUAUGUUCAUAACGGCAGUCCUCUGCUGGAUGAGGACACGGUCCUGCUCCGGGUUUACAGGUUCACAGCCUCUGACACGCUGAUGGAGACGUUGGUACUCAGGGUGAAGGUGGUGGAUCCUCAGUCUAGUCUGGUAGAACUGGGCAGAGUUCCUCUGGUGGUUCCUCAGUUCUACGGCCUGUCCAAUGCCAUCGACAGCUCGGUCCUGAGCAUCAGAACUCGGCCUGAUGUGGCAUGUACCGUCAGACUGCUGACCUCUGACACCAGCGUUCCCUCCCUGGGUCAGCUGGUGACUGAAGAAGAUGCUGGUCUGAGGAAGGGCAGAGAGACGGUGGUCCCAUGUCCGGGAAACAUGCCAUGUCUUCAUCGUACCAAAGCGGUCCGCCUCCUCAAAACCAGCUGCCAGGAGUUCCUCAGAGCUACACUCAAGUACCAACAUCUGAAUCCUCCUUCGCCUGAGAUCGACUACAUCCCCAUCCAGGUUGAACUGAGGGAGCAGACCUCCAGAUCCCUGAUGGAGGCGGAGGCAGUGUGGUUGCCGGUUCUGAUCCAGGGCGCCAUGCAGAACCAGCCCCCCCACCCCGCCUUCAUGGCUUCCUUUAUCCUAGAGAUCGACCAGUUCAUCCUCACCCCGCUCACCACCGCCACCCUGGAUGCAAAGGAUCAGGAGACCCCACAGGAGAAGCUUGUCUUCAAUGUGACGGUCCCCCCAGCUGAGGGCUACAUCACCCACCUAGAUGACCACACCAAGCCCACCCACUCCUUCACCUGGUCGGACCUCCAUGAGAUGAAGGUGGCCUUCCAGCCGCCCAACAGCAGCCACACACACAGGAGGAACUACGAGGUGGCGUUCCAAGCUAUAGAUGCUUCCUAUGCCACCAGCCCGCCCAUCAUGGUCCACUUUUCCAUAAGGGCGUCUGAAACAAGCGCACCCCGGGUCUCCUGGAACAUGGGACUUAACCUUUUGGAGGGUCAGUCCCGACCGAUCACAUGGGAGGAGCUGCAGAUUGUGGACAACGACAACCUGGAAGCAGUGUAUCUGGUGGCAGUGGAUGGACCUCUGCAUGGACGCCUCACUGUCAGAGGUCAGAAGGCCUUCAUGUUCCGUGUGGAGGACCUGCGCAGAGGCACGGUGGUCUACCAGCACUCGGACAGCGACUCCACCCGGGACCACAUUGUCUUCCGCAUCAGCGAUGGACGUCAUAGCAUUCGCCACAAGUUCCCCAUCAACAUCCUGCCCAAGGACGACACGCCGCCCCAUCUCAUCAACAACGUGGCAUUGGAGGUGGAGGAGGGAGGCGACGUGCGGCUGGAGGAGUACAUGCUGCUGGCCUCUGAUCUGGACUCCAGCGACGACCACAUCCUGUUCCAGCUGGUCUCCAGACCCCGUGCUGGCCACCUGCUGAAGAAGAACUCCCCCCAGCAGACCGGAGCACCAGUGGAGAGCUUCCUGCAGAGAGAUCUGAAUCAGGGACUCAUUUACUACCAGCAUGACGGAGAGGAGCUGUUUGAGGACUCCUUCGACUUCAUUCUGUCAGACAGCCACCAGCCACCCAACCUCUCUCAAACACAUACAGUGGUGGUCCAUGUGUUCCCAGUAAAGGACCAGUUACCGGUGGAGGUAUCUGGCAGCGUGCGCUCCCUGACGGUCAGAGAAACAGACGUGCUCUAUCUGACACCAGCACACCUCCACUUCACUGACAGAGAGAACCCGGACACCGACCUGUCUUACACCAUCACCCGGCCCUGCUUCAGCCCAGCACAGCCCGGGUUAAUGGAUGCGGGUCGUCUGAUCUACACAGACAGUACCAGCGCGAUGAAGAAAGACCACAUGCUCCCUGUGUUAAAGUCCUUCACACAGCAUGCAGUCAACCAUAUGAAAGUGGCCUUCAUGCCACCUAUGGAGGACAUUGGUCCAGAACCACUGCUGGUCCAGUUUGUUUUCUCCGUCAGUGACCAACAUGGAGGCUCCAUCAAUGACCUCCUCUUCAAUAUCACCGUCACCCCCGUGGACAAUCUGACGCCAGAGGUCUUCACCAACCUGUUGCGGGUGGAAGAGGGUGGGGGGGCAUUUGUGACGGAGGAGCACGUGUUGGUGCAGGACAGGGACAGUCUGGAGGAGGUGCUGCGGGUGGAGGUGAAGAGGGAAGCGCUCCACGGCCGUCUGGAGCUGCAAGGCCAACUGCUUGGCACUGGAGACAACUUUGCGCUAGCGGACCUGAGAGGCCUACGGCUCAGGUACGUCCAUGAUGACUCGGAGACCAGCGAGGAUUCCAUCGCUUUUACAGUCACAGACGGACACAACACAGCUGAUGUCAGCCUGCCCAUACAGGUCGUGCCCGUGAACGAUGAGCCCCCCCAGCUGGGGAGGGGUCUGCGGGGGGAGCUGCAGUGUGAGGAGGGCGGCCGGGUGCAGGUGACGGUGGAAUACCUGUCCGCCACGGACGCUGAUAGUGAUGACUCCAGACUAAUGUACAUGUUGGCCCGCAGCCCAACCCGAGGAGAGUUGCAGAGGUCCGGGCUUACUGUGGACAAGUUCUCCCAGCAGGAUCUCCUCCAAGGGGCCAUCUACUACGUCCACCGCGGGCAGGAGAUUGGACCUGAACCAGUUUCAGAUACGGUCACACUCAUUGUGUCAGAUGGGGAAGCUGGAGUGAUUGAUGGCUGUUGCCAUGGAGAUGCCCCACCCCCACCUGUCCCUCUCCACGGGACACUUCCCGUUUAUGACCUCAAUGUCACAAUACUCCCUGUCAACAACAAGGUCCCCAGCAUCACCAUGGGUGACUCCAUGUUUGUGGUGGAUGAGGGCUCCUCCGCCUGUCUCUGUGGGGGGGUUCUGGGGGCCAUGGACCCCGACACCCCCCACGACCAGCUGACCUUUCACUUGGAGGUCCCCCCUCAGCAUGGAUUCCUGGAGAACACCCUGCCGACACCAGGCUUCGAGAAGAGCAACGCCGGAGUCCGAGUGGAAUCCUUCAGCCUCCUCCACCUCACUUCAGGCUACAUCAACUAUGUCCAAUCAGAGCACAGGGGGGUGGAGCCUACGGUUGACCAGCUGACCAUUAGCGUGAGUGACGGGCUCCACCGCGCCACUCCGCUUCCCUUUUACAUCAUAAUCAACCCAACCAACGACGAGACGCCGUCGCUGCUUGUCGCCAACUUCACGGUGAAGGAAGGGGGGAUGAGGGCGCUGAGUCCCGCCGUACUGAAUGCCCUCGACCUGGACGCCCCAGCAGACGUCUUGACCUUCAAGGUCGUGACUCCACCCGCCCACGGCAAACUGAUCAAGGGGAUCUACGGUACGGAGAUCAGCCGCUACAGAGAGAUGGGAGCCGGCUUCCUUCACCAGACCCUCCCCGUUCACUCCUUCACGCUGCAGGAGCUCCGGCAAGGCCUGAGGAUCCUCUACCUGCACGAUGAUACAGAGAGCCUGCAGGACUAUGUGGGGAUGCAGCUGACAGACGGGGUGCAUGUGGUCCAGAAGACAGCACACAUCACCAUCUUACCGGCCAACGACGAGAAACCACAGCUCCUCAAGAACGCGGGGCUGGACAUGAGUUCUCUGGAGCGCCGGGUCAUUUCCUCUGUGGUUCUGGAGGCAGAGGACCGGGACAGUCCUCCCAACCAGAUCCACUACGUUCUGCGUGCCACGCCGCGCUUCGGACGGCUGCGGCUCAAGACAGACUCUGGCUGGAGCGACCUCUCGGCAGGUCAGAACUUCACCCAGGAGGACGUGGAGAUGAAUGACCUGUGGUAUGAACACACCAGCACCGCCGGGUUCAAAGGUCACGACAGCUUUCGCUUCUACCUCAGCGACCUGGACAACGAGUCUCCAGAACAUCGGUUCUUCAUCUCGGUCCGCAGCGUCCAGAAAGGUGACAUCGUGCUGAUAUCCAAGGCGGUGAGUUUGAUGGAGGGGGAGCGGGUGGUCCUGACCACAGAUGUCCUGCUGGCCACAGACUCUGCCAGCCAGCCGGAGGACAUCAUCUUCACCGUAUCCGUCCUGCCAAAACAUGGACACAUCCACGCCGUCCAGCACCCCGGGGUGGCCCAGCACACCUUCACCCAGCUGGAUGUGGCAGCCCAUCGCGUCUGUUACACCCAUGACAACAGCCAUACCGGCGACACGGACUCCUUCAGUUUCCUUGUCACCAACGGCGACAUGUCUCGUAGCGGCUCAAUGUCCUUCACCAUACAACACGGUGACCGCAUCCCUCCGACCCUCAGCCGCAACGCCGGCCUCCAGCUGCCAGAGGGGGCCAUACAGAUCAUCGGCCCAGAGCAGCUGCAGCUCACAGAUCCUGACACGGCCGCCGAGAAUCUGACCUACAGCAUCACUCAGCCACCGCUGUAUGGUAGACUAAUGCUGAGAGGGACGCCGCUCUCACCCCCCUGCUUCACACAGACAGAGGUCACCAGCCUGCAGCUGGCCUAUCAGCACCUGCCUGGAAGCCCCGCCCAUAUCGACCACUUCUACUUCCAGCCAUCCGACGGAACAAACAGGGGAUUCCUGGAACACGGCCAGCUGAAAGAGGGGCCCGCAGUCUUCAACAUACAGGUGGAGCGAGUGGACCGAAGCCCCCCCGAGCUGACUGCCAGGCAAAGCCCCAGCUCAGUGGUGGGGCUGGAAGGGGGACGUCUGGGCAUCUUCAUCACUUCCAGACACCUGAUGGCCUCUGACCCCGACAGCCCCGCCCACCUGCUGCAGUUCAUCAUCACCAGACCGCCGCACUUCGGCUACCUGGAGAACUCCCUCACAGGCUCGUACAUCAAAGGACGUUUCACCCAGAGAGACUUGGAGCGGCGUGCGGUUCUCUACAUCAUCCCCACUGACAUGGACGUGACGUUGGACAGCUUCCACUUCCGCCUGACGGACCCAGCAGGAAACAGCAGAACCACAGAGACACUGGAGCUGACGUGGUCCCGUGUGGAGUUUCCUGUCAGCUGCUACCGAGUGUGUGAGAACGCAGGAAGUCUGCAGAUCCGUGUCCAACGCACAGGAAGGAGCGAGGAGCCGGCCUACGUCAGCAUCGAGGUUGAAGAAGGAACAGCCAAAGUGGGAAAAGAUUUUACACACAGCACCGCUACACUCAUCCAGUUUGACCCAGGAGUCAAUGUGAAGACCUGGAACGUUUACCUGGAGGAUGACGGACUGGAGGAAAACCAUGAGACCUUCACAGUGAUCCUGAAAGGCCAGAAGAACACGGUCUUGGGCCAGAGAACCUCGACCACCAUAGAGAUCAUCGACCCCAGAGGAGGGCGGUGUGAUCCUGAAGAACUGAGAGUGGAGAGGGAGGAGAGACAAGUGUCUCCUCCCCCACCUCAGCUGGAGGAGGAGCCAUUCACAGACAUAGAGGCGGAGCUCCUGUGGGAGACCCCACUCCAUCCCCCCCGGGGCGACACCCCCCACCGUAGGCCCUAUGUGGACAACAGAGAGGGUGGGGCAGGGGAAAGGGCCGCCGGUCUUGCCCGCCGCCACCUCCAUGACCCCAGCGGGCUCCGGUUCCACAGUGUGACUUCUCUGCGUCUGGAGGAGGAUUCUGCUCCUGUCAGGUCCAUGUGGAGCUGGAUGGAUCAGAACCAGCAUCUGCAUGAGGUCUGGGUCACAGAUGCCCCCCAAAUGGACCACCCGAACCCCGAACACCGACACACACAAUGGAAACGCAAGACAGGGAAGUGGGUCAGUAGUUCCUGUCCUGAAGGUUGGACUCGCUACCGGAGGCGGUGUUACCUCCUGAGUUCAGGCGUGGCGAGCUGGAGCAGCGCUCAGCGGACCUGUUCUCUCAUGUUUGACAGCAAUCUGACCAGUGUUCAUUCCAGAAAAGACUUGGCCUGGUUGUGGAGAUUCGCAGCGAGGAAGCCAUUUUGGAUUGGUCUGUCUGGAGGGCCUGGCCGCUGGGUGUGGGCCGACGGUCAGCUCGUCUCGUUCUCCAGAUUAAGAGAGGAACACCUGCGGCUCCAGACUGAGCUAGGUUCUGCUGGGACCAGCUGUGUGUUGGUUCAGAGCCCCAGAACGUGGAUACCACACGGCUGUUCCAUAGAAUCUGAACACAGAUCCAUCUGCUCAGUGCCCGCUCACACCAACUGAGAGGACAACAGCAGGACUGGAGUGAUGAACCCAUGUAAUGGAUUAAAGUUAGUAGUGAUACCCACAUAGUCAUGACCAGCUUGUUACAAAAUGGAUUACUGAUGGAUUUCUGUCAGUCAGAAGGAUCUCAGUUCCUGAGCUGGGUUUGGUUUAACGUCAUAUUUAGUGAUCCAGUCCAGCGGGGAUUUUAAUACUCUCAGACAGGCUUCAUGGGGUUUGGUUAGGGUUAAUGUUAGGAGUCAUUUCUUCAUCUUCAGAAUCAUCAUUUGAUUUGUUAUAACUGUUUUAGUGCCCCCUCUGAACACAGACAAUUCUCAGCAGGUUGACUUCACAAGACUCUUUAUUCAUAGCUAGCUAGCUUGCUAGCUAGCAGGAUGUUGCUAGGCAAGUUCAAAAAUAGACCAGCUGAUGAUGACAAUUCAUUGACUGUCCAUCAAGUCAGAGUAUUACAUGAUGUCGUUUAUUAGAAGAAUCUGAUUGGUUUUCUGAAACAGUUUAAUGAUGUUGACAGCAUGGAGGGCAGUUUCUCAACAGGCUUUGGCUACAUUGUCACUACAGAAGUGGUGUUAAUAUUUUGGCUAACCUAAUAUUAAUAAUAUUAAUAAACCUAAUACUGAAAAUACCACCAGGUGAUCUUUAUUGGACUGGAUCUUAAUUGGUACAACAUGAGUUACCAAACUGCCUUUGAUCCGCUGAGUCCGUCUCCGACCCAGCUUCUUCUUCAGCACCUCCACACCUGAUGGUAUUAAUAAAAAUAGAAAAAAGAAACACUUACCUGCUCCCUAUACAUUGCCUUUGUGCACUGCCUGUUAUCGGACUUGAACCUAGUUUUUUGGUUCUUACUUGUGUUAUCGCCUCCUGACUAGAUGCUUGCUUGUGUUGUGUUAACUCUCAGAUGCAUGUCGCUUUGCAUAAAAGCGUGUGAGCGUGUGUAAAUGAAACUGUAACAUUGUGACACACGCUGCUGUGUGUACAUGAUAUAUACUUUAGUUGUAAUAUUUGAUUAAAAUAAACAGCUGC